CUUCUUCCGUUGCAGUGCUGCCGCAGCCCCUCAACAAGAGCUCCAUUCUUUGGCCUAUGCCCUUUUCUUCUCUGAUAUUUCCAUUAAAAUCUCCCCGAAUUAUCAUUCCUAAAUAGACCAAAUAAAUUAAUAACAUUAAAAAUAAAAAUGGGGGCUGGGAGAGAAGUAGCAAUUUCCUUGGAUGGAGUGAGGGACAAGAAUAUAAUGCAGCUGAAGAAGCUCAAUAUUGCCCUUUUCCCAGUCCGUUACAACAAAAAAUACUAUACUGAUGCUCUUAACUCCGGCGAAUUCACCAAGCUUGCAUACUACAGUGAUAUCUGUGUUGGUUCAAUUGCAUGUCGGAAAGAGAAGAAGGAAGGAGGUGCUGAUUGUGUAUACAUAAUGACUUUAGGUGUUUUGGCACCAUAUCGUGGUUUGGGUAUUGGUACAAAGCUUUUGAAGCAUGUGCUGGACCUUUGUACCAAGGAGAAUAUUGGUGAGAUUUUCUUGCAUGUGCAGACCAACAAUGAAGAUGCCAUCAAGUUUUAUAAGAACUUUGGGUUUGAAAUUACAGAUACCAUCCAAAACUACUAUACAAAUAUUACACCACCAGACUGUUAUGUUGUUACCAAGUUCUUCACUCAGACAAAGAAGUAAUAUCUCAGAGCAAUUUUUCAAUGAGACUGCAUCUCAGGCUUUGUUGUGAUCAAGUUUUGACAUUUUAGAUUUAACGCCCGAGGAUUGUAAUGCAUUCAUCAUCUAUGCUCAGAACAGAUCAGUUUAAGUGAAUGCAUUUCUUAUUUUGAUGUUA